AUGUCUGGGAUAUAUAUGAUGUUUGUUAAUCCGAUGGGAUACAUUGAUGACAUCAGUCCCGAAAAAAUUAAGGAUGAAAAAGACGCUUCGUUUUUCUGCAAUAUCAUAGUGGUUGAAGAUCCAGUAGAUAUUUACCUACCUAUUUACAUUGCCAUAGGUGUAUAUGUUGGUUUGAUUAUACUCUAUGUGUUUGGUCGCUAUGCACACAAACAUCACUGGCUAUAUAAAGUGUUAUUUUGUCUCGAGACUGAAAGACUUGUCAAUUCGGAUCUUGGUUCACCUAACAGUAUUCUUAAUGCGAGUAAUUCUGAAUCUCAGGAACAGUUCCCUAAGAAAACAGAAAAACAAAAACCAAGAAGAUUAAAAUCUCUAGACACAUUCAGAGGAAUAAGUGUAGUAAUUAUGAUAUUUGUGAAUCUUGGUGGAGGGGAGUACUGGUUUUUCCACCAUUCCAGGUGGAAUGGUCUUACUGUAGCUGACCUUGUUUUCCCAUGGUUUGUAUUUAUUAUGGGUACAUCAAUUGCACUGGCUUUCCAUUCAUUGUCUAUUAAGGGAUUCUCCAAGAAAAAGAUGUUUAUUAAAAUUUGCAAAAGAUCAGCUAUACUUUUUAUACUUGGACUUAUAUUAAACACUGGGAAAGAUAGAAACGGUGUUGAUUUAAACCACAUACGAAUACCUGGUGUUUUACAGAGGUUUAGUGUGUGUUAUUUUGUUGUCGCUAUUGUAGAGAUGUUAUCAGUUAAAAAAGAUGAUCCAUACAAGUACAAAUAUUAUGCACCAAUCAGAGACUUUGUAUAUCUCUGGAUACAUUGGCUGGUAGCAAUAUGUGUAGUUACCCUAUACUUGUGCUUGACGUUUGUCUUACCGAUACCCGACUGUCCAACGGGUUACCAAGGUCCCGGUGGUUCUCUGUUACAUACCGACAAUGACACUGAUCUCUAUAAUUGUACUGGUGGUGCAGCAGGUCACAUCGAUAAAAGUGUAUUCGGUAUAAAUCAUAUUUAUCCUCAUCCAACAUGUUUGGUUUUAUAUCAGACUGGUCCAUAUGAUCCAGAAGGAAUUCUGGGAUGUCUUCCUGCAAUAUUCAUUACAUUUUUAGGGUUACUGGCUGGAAAAAUUCUAAUUUUUUAUACUGAUUGGAAGCAGAGAGUUAAAAGAUGGUUGCUAUGGGCGAUAUUAACAAAUUCAUCGGGACAACAUAAAAAACGCUUAAAACUCAGCACUCCAGAAAAAUGUUCACUGCUUCGAAAUUCUACUGACUACUAA